AUGAGUGAAAAAGAAGUAACUGUGGAUGAUGAUUUAAAUGUGGAUGACGAGCUAAACGAAUUUGACGAUGAAGAAGAAGCUCCUGUAGAUAAUAUUGCCCUGUUCGGUGACCAAGCUAGGCAGGAAGGGACUAAAAAGUCCACUGCCGAUGAAAAUUAUCGAAAAUUGUUUGAAAUACCUGAAUUCACACGCAAGGAUAAAACUAUCAACGAAAUCCUUGACUUAAUGACAGAUUAUCCUCCUAUUAUACCAGAUGCUGUGAUAGAUUAUUAUUUGACCAAGAAUGGGUUCGAAUGCGCAGACAUUAGAGUGAAAAGACUCCUAGCUCUUGCAACUCAAAAAUUUGUUAGCGAUCUUGCUUCAGACGCUUACGAGUAUUCCAGAAUUAGGUCCUCCAUAGCAGUGCACAACUCUAAUAACGGUCAAGCGAGAGCUAGACAGCUGAUGCUGGGCCAACAAAAGCCUGGAGCACAACAAAUAACCCAACAACAGCAACAACAAAACGAAAAGACAAACGCCAACAAGGUAACGCUGACUGUCAAUGAUUUAAGUAGCGCAGUGGCAGAAUACGGGCUGAACAUUUCGAGACCAGACUUCUACCGUUGA